UCCCUCCCCUCCUCUCUGCAUCUUCCAAUGACUCACACGUUCCCCCUCCCCCCGGUGUGUCAUAUGGUUUCACCCCUUCUCCUCCCACCUCCCCGUCUCUCCAUCUCUGCCUCUCUUUCGGCCACAAUCGCUCACUUUCUCCACAAGGCUUCUAACACGCUGCAGGAUGUCCAUAGUGAAUAUUGUUGCCAGGGAGAUCCUGGACUCCAGGGGAAACCCAACUGUGGAAGUGGAUCUGCAUACUGGCAAAGGUCUGUUCAGGGCUGCUGUGCCCAGUGGAGCGUCCACUGGCAUCUAUGAGGCUCUGGAGCUCCGUGAUGGAGACAAAACCCGCUACAAGGGCAAAGGUGUAACCAAAGCUGUAAAUCACAUUAAUGACACCCUUGGACCUGCACUCAUCCAGUCUGGGAUCAAUGUGUUGGAACAAGGGAAACUGGACAACCUGAUGAUUGAAAUGGACGGCACUGAAAACAAAUCUAAGUUUGGGGCCAAUUCUAUUCUUGGAGUAUCACUGGCCAUAUGCAAAGCUGGAGCAGCAGAGAAAGGUGUACCCUUGUACCGUCACAUUGCUGAUCUGGCAGGAAACAGCGAGUUGGUGCUCCCAGUUCCUGCUUUUAAUGUGAUCAAUGGGGGCUCACAUGCUGGUAACAGGCUGGCCAUGCAGGAGUUCAUGGUACUUCCUGUAGGGGCGGAGUCUUUCCGUGAUGCACUACGUGUAGGGGCAGAGCUCUACCAGACACUGAGAGGUGUCAUCAAGGAGAAAUAUGGUCAGGAUGCUACAAAUGUGGGAGAUGAAGGAGGGUUUGCCCCCAAUAUUCAAGAGAACAGUGAAGCUCUGGAGUUGAUCAAGACAGCCAUAGAGAAAGCUGGCUUCACAGACAAAGUGGUGAUAGGGAUGGAUGUUGCCGCUUCAGAGUUUUUCAUCGAGGGCAAGUACGAUCUGGACUUUAAGUCUCCACCAAAUGCAGCCCGCAACAUCAGUGCUGAUGAGCUGGCGAGCAUCUACCAGGGAUUCAUUAAUAACUACCCAGUGGUGUCUAUUGAAGAUCCUUUUGACCAGGAUGACUGGCCUGCUUGGUCACAGUUCACAGCCUCAGUGGGCAUUCAGGUGGUUGGAGAUGAUCUGACGGUCACUAAUCCGCGCAGGAUACAACGAGCAGUGGAGGACAAGGCCUGCAACUGCUUGCUGCUUAAGGUCAACCAAAUUGGCUCAGUAACUGAGGCCAUCAAGGCAUGUAAGCUGGCCCAGGAAAACGGCUGGGGUGUGAUGGUGAGCCACCGCUCAGGAGAGACGGAGGACACUUUUAUAGCUGACCUGGUGGUCGGUCUCUGCACUGGACAGAUCAAGACUGGAGCUCCCUGUCGCUCAGAACGUCUGGCAAAAUACAAUCAGCUCAUGAGGAUUGAGGAAGAGUUGGGUGACCAGGCCCGCUUUGCUGGACAUAACUUUCGCAACCCCAGUGCCCUUUGAGUGCCCUUAGCAGUGGCAAGCAAGAAAAAAUACAUACAUACAUACAAAUCAUAUAUAUUUCCCUGACAGAUAUAUAAUUAUGUAAUAACACAUGUUUCAGCAGAGCUCUUAACAAACUAAUCUAUACUUCAGAGAAUUAAGAAUAAUUAGUUUUCACAUCACUAAAAUCACUGAAGUGCAAUAUGUUGACCUGAUGCUUAAGUAGCUGAUAACUGACUAAACCUGGUUGCAGCAAAUCCUACACCAAGCCUCGAGGGGAAAUAAAAUCAGUGUUUCACCUUCAAGCAGACGAGCACUUUUCCUGAUCCCUUUGACCCUCUCAUUGCACAAGUGUGUUUUUGAACUUUAGUGUCCUGUGUUUCCUCUUUCGCCUCUUCCAUUGCGUGUGUGUUACUUUGUCUGCUGUUAAGCUCAAUAAAGAAAUGGACAUAUUAACAUGA